UUUGGUAUUUUUAUUAAGGUCAACCCUGACCUUUUAAUGACACAUAUUGUUAUUUUUCUUGUGUUUUCUACACGGGAUCAAAUAAGCGUAACAACCUCGGUCUCCUAGCAACAAACGUUAUUGUGCCAGAAACAAUGGCAAAAUUUGUGCUUGCAGGAAAAGCCGACUGCCCUUAUUAUGCCAAAGCGGAACUGUUAGCAGACGCGCUGCAGCUCUCUCUGCCAAACUUCAAGAUCCGUAAAAUAUGCAUCCUCCCAGAUGAAUGGAAGAAAUGGCUGGAGGCCACUUGCGUAUUAAAUGGCUGGAAACACGACAAGUCCCCAUUGAUUUGGAGAGAGCUGUUGGAACAAGGGGGGAAAGGGAUGCUCAUAGGUGGCUUUAGCGACUUCCUUGAGCACUGUCAGGAGUAUUACAGCAUCACAUCAGACAUGCCUACAGAAACCAUGUUAAGCGUUUCAGCUGAAAACCUCGAGACCAGGGUGAACUUCAUCAAGGAGCAGCAGCAGCACCAUAAUAGUCACAUCAACGCCCUUCACAUAUGGAUCAGUGGUGCUCUCAACCCAACCUGCCACAUUUUAAUCCCCAAUCUGCUCUCUGCUGAGGUGUUUCCUCACACUACUGCGAUUAUCCUCCACAUGCUGGAGGUGGAGGGGGAUGAGGAGGAACUGAAGGGGCUGAAGAUGGAGACAGAGGAUUUGGCUCUCCCUCUGCUACAUCACGUGACCAUUCACACAGAUCUGGAGCUAGCCUUCCUAGAAGCAGAUGUCAUCCUCCUGCUGGAUGAGUGGUGUGAUGGCAAGGACGCAGAGGACGAGUGCCACGGGGAGAGGAAAUUAAACAAAAUGAAAGAGUGUUAUAAAGAGUACGGAGAACUGAUCGAUACAAGAGCCAAGAAGGAUGUGAAGGUGAUUGUGGCCGGUGACUCAUUUGUCAAUUUAAAGUGCUCGCUUCUUGUGGAGAAGGCGCAUCUCACUGACAGUCGCCGGUUUGUCACCAUGGCAACUCAGCUGGAGAAUAUGGCCAGGGCGAUACUUGCAAAGAAGCUGAAAGUGAGAGCAUCAGAUGUAAAGGACGUGAUUGUGUGGGGGAACAUCAGUGGCACUUUCUAUGCAGACCUGCAGAGGGCGAAGGUUUUCAACUAUAAUGGGCCAAUCAAAGGGCCAUCAUUCUUCAGCCAGUCAGUUUUAAAGAUUCUCCAUGACAGGACAAGCGAAAGGCUUCACCCACUGGCGCUCACAUCAGACUGAUGGUUGGGGAAGGAGGAAGGUGACGGUUCCUUUUCAUGUGACACAGAAGACGGUACCGCAAACAAACACACACACACAUUUCCACACACGCAAUGAAGAAACACGCUUACAGCUGAUACACGCUCGAAUUCAUGUUCAUGCUUAUCUGCUCGCAAUGAAGAAUCGCUUUCUGCUCAAAACAUCCCACAGAGUGAUUUUAAAAUGAUGACAAACAGCUAAAUGACAACUGCUGCAUGACUUUGCAGUCUGAUGGGUUUAAACUAUUUUAACUUGCAACAAAUUCAGUAAUAAAAUCCUCCAUGUUUCUAAAAAUAUUUGUGCACACUAUAGGUUUGUCUGGCCAGACUGUAGAAAAAAAACAAAAAAAAAAACAGACCAUAGGAAGACUGAAACUGACUGAAACAGACUAUUAAUGACUAUUAAAGGGAAGACGACUAUUAGAGAGAAGUAAUAAUAAUUACUGUAUGUACCAGACUAUUAAACUAUUAAAAACUUAUUCUUUUACUGUCUUGUGCAACACCUGACAGCAAGACACCUUAACAUUCAUUUUUGCUUUCAAACUUAUGCCCAGUUAAAUUUUUAGGAAGAGAUCUCGUGUAGUUUAGGUAUUUGAUUGAUUUCCACUCCAGACGGAGUGCAGGUUACAUCUACAUUCUAAAUAAUCCCUCUUUUGUUGGUGUUAACUUCAGCUCAGCUGUGCUCUUAUCAUUGGCUGCUGAGGGGGGGCUGUAACUGAGGCCCUCACACAGGCUGCAUCACAGCUUGUUUCCAUGUGAUACGACCUCCAGAGAUGCAUCUGACCUGUCCUGUACAGCACGUGUCUUCUGGUCCUGAUGAGAGGUUUGAAGAGUUAUGAUUUCACACACACACACUCAAACUGACCUCAACUUCCCUCUAUUGGGAUGAACACAGGUCUGCGCUUGCGAUUUCUUUUACUAACGAACAAAAAGAUUUUUGAUGUUUAUUCUACAGUUCCACACGUCCCUCUGUGAAAACAUGAUGGAGACAGAUGACAGGACGUGGGUCCUUUCGUGAACAGAUAACAACAGGGUGGAGGCUCAGCCUUACAGGAAGCACUGCUUCCCUGUGACUCACACACAGACAUGAUGUAGGUUUGAUCAGAGGAUGUGAACCAGUGGUCAUCACACCUAAAUCUGACCACAGACCAUGAUGUAAACAACAACACCCUCUUAAAGGAGCCAUAGAUGGCAUUACUGCAGACACCACUAAGCUACUGAAACAUUGGAUGCUACAGGCCACAAAGAGAGCCUGUCUAAGUUACAGUUAGUUCAGACAAAAUUUAUUUUUCUGGGUCAUUGUAAUUACAGCUGAUGGCAAAUCCAUCUCACCCAACAGAGUCAAAGCAAUUUGAAACCUGCCUAAACCGUGCACGUAUAAACAGCUGAUGUCUUUUCUAGGUCUUUGUUCUUAUUGUAGGACUUUCGUUCCUAACUUUACCUUCUCUGAGGCCCCACUCAGGGUUCUGAUGCAGACGUCUUCAUCGUCCACUUCUUGUCUCACGUGGACGUCUGAGGCUGAACAACGUUCACCGACCUCAUGCUUGCUCUUCAGUCGACUCCUACUUUGGGUCUUCCUGAUCUGACCCUACGCGACCUUUCACUCAAACAGUGGAUGAGAAAUCAGGUUGUACGACUUCUGUUCUUUUGUCCUCAUACUUUGAUUCUUUUGGAACAUAAAUCAUCCCAUCUUUCCACAGCCCGACGGCUUAAAUGCAACACCACCUUGAUCAACAUGCUGAACGUUACUAUCAAGAGAUCGUCUUGAAGUCUGGCUCUUUGCUAAGACACUACUCUGCUCAGGCUGCAGAGUUGAUUGCGUUGACUGAAGCUGGUAAACUAGCAGAAGGAGAGUCUGUUACCAUCUACACAGACUCCACAGACGCUUGUGACACUUUGGUUCACUGUGGAAGCAUAGGAAGCUUUUGAAGUCUGAUUGCAAACCUAUCUCACAUCAUGAUAAGGUUCUGCUUUGCUGGACGCUGUCCUGCUGCCUACAGCUAAUGCUGUUUGUAACUGUCCCACUCACAACAUCAUUGACAACUUUGUUGCUGCCGACAUGCAGCUGCAGACGCUGCUGCGAAGGUGCGUUUCCUCUCCUCAUCCUUGUUUCCUCUCUAACUCUCUCUAUCCUUUCCUUCCUCAUCUCCCUGUGCUUUAAACAUUUUCUACCUCACAGGAACGCAGACUCUGGCUGACGAAUGGUUCCACCUGUAGCCAUGGAGUCUGGUUUGGGCCUGAUGGCAGCCGUGCCGCCCAAACACUUUUUCCCCACAAUUCAGAUUUCCCAACAGGUUAAAACAGGCGACAGGACCACUACACCAUCCAACCAGGAGACUGGGUGAUCGUUAAGGACUUAAGGAGGAAGCACUGGGACUCAAAACGGUGGUGAGGCCCCUUCCAGGUCCUUCGGACGACCCACACGGCUGUAAAGAUCGCAGAAAGAGUGACUUGGAUCCACUCCAUCUACUGCAGGAAGGUCCCGGAUCCAACAGACGACCCUCCAUCUACAUCUACACCACACGGAGAAAACCACCACUUACGAAAAGAACUGUGAAGGACGACCCUCGCUGUGCUUACACACGCACUGAGGCGAGGCUGCGUUGACCGUUCAGCUAAAGGUGUGAGCCAAGCCUGAAGCUGCGCCGGUGAAUCACACUAUCAGACCAUACAUCUACACACACGCUCCUGAGAAAACACACACACCAGCAGCCUUGAGUUGCCGACGCUGGACGACGUGUAGACUCUUCACAUCACGGGAGUGACAGUGACUCAGACGACAUUGGGAGGAAACCUGACGGUGAUAACGAACCCCAAGUGUCUCUGUGAUCAGCUGAUCACAACCUGAAGAACCCCAACGAACUGUCAAUACUUCAACACACAGGUUGGAAACAAUCUAACGCUACUGUUCAACAGGACGAAGCAGAUUGUUACAAGACAUCAAUUGUGAUCAUGUUGUGUUAGACUUCAUUUUAUGUUACUUGGAUUGUUGCCUUUAUCAUUUGAUGUUUCCAUGUAACUUUACACAAUACUUUUGAAUGAGAAAAUUUCACAUAAUUCACAAAACUGAGUUUAAAUAUCCUAAAGUUGAUUUGGUGUUUAAUUUGCUCACAAUCACUUUAUUCACUGCUACAAUUAGUUUUUAUCCUUCAUCUACAGAUGAAAGACAACACAAGCGGAAAUAUGCAUCAUCAUUCGGGUUUAAUCCCCGAUUCUCGUAUUUAUUCUAGACCAAUUAAAGAUCUGAAAGUUAUCCCACUGGUUAGAGGUCUUAUAAUGCGUGCGACCUCAGCAACACUCUCGUAUCAAAUGACACAAUGCACUAUGUUGAAAAACCCCAACUCUAAUUCACUUAAUGACUUUGACAAUGGUCUUAGGCUAUCUGACCACAAAAUAUAAUAUGAUACAAAUAUGACUAUUGGCUUAUUUUCUUCACAUGCCAAUACAGAGGUUAUUCUUGUAUAACUACCCACCAAAAACAGCUCCGAACCUUUUGUCCCAAGUUACUUGCAUUUUAUGUGAAGGUGUAUUUUGAAUCUUGAUGAGUUAAUACCCUUAUUGUUUCAUUUGCAAGGAUCUUUUAUUAUUACAGAAUAUGAUGUUGACAAUUUUUAUUCUUUUAUGGUUUGAUUAAUGUGUAAUCAAAAGGGGGGAGUGUUAUGGCAAAAAAUGUCUCUUCCUUAUUUCUAUGCAGUUAUUAUAUGAUUUAUGACUUAUGUUCUGCAAUUAAUAUCUUAUGGUUUGUCUUACUGUAUGCAUUUGACAUUUCACCUACAUUGUUCAAUGGUUGUCUCUGCCUAAUAGACUCUCAACUCUAGCUCCCAAACCCAAGGUCGGGGAGUUGUGUCUCUGUCUGUUGAGACUUGGUGCUCCUUUCUCACAGAUAGUUGCACGUCAGCAAUGCAGGAGAAUGUAAAUAUCUUCACACACACUGCGACAGGGAGGAGAUGGUGCAUGUAAUUUGAUUGGGUUAGAAAGACAUUCUACCGUAGUCGGACAGAGAAGCUAAAAGGCAGAAGCAACUUGGGGAUUGUGGGCUCUUUGCAUCACACUUUCGUGGUCUGUGCACUGAUCUCCCCAGCUGGUUUUUGGUUUGUUGAUAUGCACGAUCAACAUCCAUGCUUUUUAUUUGCUUUCCCCAUUAUUUUUAUUUUCUUUAUUAUUUCAAUAAAUCGCACAAAAGGACAACUCUCUCAUCUGCUUCUUUAUGAAAAAUUUCCACCACUCUCAAUUAGAAAUCCACUGCUUGGCAUUGCAAAUAGAGCAGCAGCCUCUACUACUAAUAAGAUCUUUAGUCUUUGGUCUUUUUAAAUAACUGUAUUUUUACUCUUUUUAAAGUUGAUAAAACAUUUGAACUAAACUUUUUUUAUUAAAAGCAUAAAAUUCAACAUUUUAAUAUAGAUGAAUAAGUUUCUCGUAUAGAUGUUUUAAAGUACAUUUUACUUGCGCUUGCAGUGCAGUAUAUUUUAGGUAAGCACCCUCCCAUGUACUUCUACCACCUCUGCCACCAGGUUUUGGUAUUAGCAUGUGAAAAUCUGAUAAUGUUUUAGAUCAUACUCAUGCGGAUGAAGGGAAAAUUUAUGGAAGGUUCUGAAACAGUUCUUGUUAAGAUAUAAUUACAUAAACAGUCAAAUCUAAAUGAUUAAUUAACUUUGAAUCCAUCCCACAUGAAUGAACUGAAAUAAACUGUAAAUAAACAUCCAACUCCUAAAGGCAAACAUGCAGUCAUUCUGUUGUUGGCGUUGACCUUGCAGAGGAAGCUGAAGACGUUGGACUCCCAGAGCGACUACAUGAACACCAAACCCAGAGCUCCACGGGGCUUCAAGAAGAGAGGCGUCCAGAACCCCAUGCCUCGAUACAUCUGAUGGCCACGCGCCAUCGGCCCUUUUGCACAGCUCUCCCCAGUAGCUUAGACGUAAACAGAAGGGGCUCCCCGUCGUAGCUUAGAGAGUAAUUGGACUGGUGGUGAAACGUUUCUACUAAAAAGAAGAGGUCCAGUUGACGAGACUCAACCUUCAAACAACUUCACUUGGAAGACUGAGAAUUUUCAGAGAAUACUAUUAAUUUGUGUGCGGUUUAGUUAAGUCCAUGUUUUGUGUUUACACAGCGGAAGUAGCAGUUCAUUUAAUAAAAAAAGUUGUGGCUUUAUAAAAAUAAAUUAAAAAAAUUGAUUUCUGG